AUGUCUAACACGUAUUGUAAAGCUGACUUCUUUGUGUUCCAGGAAAUUGACUCAGGGACCUGUGACAUCAUCGGUCACGUUAAAGAGAGACAUCACUCUGCUAAAAGCCAAAAAGACUUCUGCUGCAGCCUCACUGCCCGUACUCACACACUGAACAAAGGUCGGCUCAUGUCAGAGCUGCAAGGCAUGCAGAAACCACCAGUUGCCCCCAAACCAAAGAAUGCCCAGCCGCAGAGGCCAGGGCCCUCCCCCUCCUCGACCCCCAAAAGAGAUGUCCUCUCUCAGGCUUCCCUCUGUACACCAAAGACGAUUAAACCAGCUCUGGCCCCUAAACCACCAUGCCUACCCAAACCAUGCCUCAUCACUUCUGUGGAGUCCAAACCACCACGCUUACCCAAACCAUGCCUCCCCGCCGCUAUGGACUCCAAACCUCUUUCCUCAAAGACUGUCCAUCACCAUCAGACUUAUUCUCAGAGACCAUCAGAGAUGUCUACAAGUAUAGGUCUUCUAAAGUCCAGGAAUACAGUACCUGAUUGGGAUUAUAUUAUUCCUAUCUGUCUGUGUAGCCAGAAGAACUGUCUGUGUAGCCAGAAGAACUGUCUGUGUAGCCAGAAGAACUGUCUGUGUAGCCAGAAGAACUGUCUGUGUAGCCAGAAGAACUGUCUGUGUAGCCAGAAGAACUGUCGGUGUGUUGGGAACAGUAUCACAACGGAUACAGUGAUUAACACAAUUCAUAAGGACUUGAAAACAUUGCAUAACAAUGGCAAAACGGAGGAAUCUAGAAUAAAGCCUGUUCCCAGAUCUCAAUCUGGAGAGAACAAAGGGGUCAACAACAACAAGAGGAAAACAAUCAACAACAACACUCUACCAGACAUUUGCGUACAGGUUGUGUUGCUGUCCACCAAUAACCACCUCUUAAACCCGAAACAGAACCUCAACUCAGACAUUGUGACGCCAUCAUCACGCCCUGACAUAAAGCGCCCUCUUCCUCAGAGAACGCAUAGCAAUGAAACCAACGGUAACGUCGUCGCCACCUCCUCUAAUGCCAUUGGUCACAGAGAACAGGAAGAUCCCACCAGCUUCACAGGGAUUGGCAGAGACACUGGCACAUCCAAUCAAAACCCAGCUGCCCCUAGGAAGCCCCUCCCUGUCCCAGUACCACGGAAACCCAGGAAGUCUGCUCUGGUUGGACAGGAAGUCCCAGAGGAGGGGAGGCAAGGGAGGGAAACGACUGAUGUAGAGGAGGAAGAGCUGAGAUGGGUGGAUGACGGUGUCUAUGAACUGGAGUGUUCAGUGGACAAGGAAGAGGAGGAGGAAGGGAGGAAUGAAGAGGAGGAGAUCCAUGGUGAGAUUAGUUGUCAUCCUCUCUCAACCAGUCUUUCCAACCAGCUGGAGCUCAGCUCCAACUGCCACUUUCCCCUCACCUUAACAACCACUGGGAGUUACAAAGAAAACGCGAGUGCUCAAAACAAGAUGGCCGGCUUCCCCAAGAAACCGCAGAGACGCAGCUCCCCAGCAGCAAGGGUACUGAAGAAUGAACUGUCAGAAGAGAGAGAAGUGGCGGAACGAAAGACUUCCGAUAGUGACGAUGAUGGAGGUGCCCUCACCAAGGCCACGAAAGCUAUGAGAAAGCUCCCUGCAACCCCAGGAGAGGAUAAACCAAAAAGGAACAGCAUCUUUCAGACGCUGGUGUCUCCUGUAUCCCGUAAGAGGAGCACGGACAACACACAGACAAAGGGCAGCUUGCCAACAGAUGAAACGCUGUCACCAUCCAAGCCCUCCAGCCUGGGGAAGCAGAAGGCCAAGUCCUUCUCCUCUGCCGACCUGACCCCUUCUGAGGGACAGAAACGGAACUCUUUCCGGAGGCUUCUCGAUCUGAAACUCUCUGUCAAGAUGCUGCCCAAGCUGCUAGCCAAGGGAGGCCAGUCUCUAGACAGCACUGCAGCUGAGGCAGAACAAUAUGCGGAUGAUGUAUUCCAAGACAGUGGCGUCUGUUUCCAGGAACGCCUGGGCAUUCGGGUGGGGGACGCCCACAAGUUCUCCUGUCCCCAGCUGGGGGUGAUCGGGGUUGGGGCGGAGCAGAGCGUGGACGGGGAUGAGAUCCACUACCCCGGAGCGGAGCAGGCUGUGGAGUAUGAAAAUGUACCCUAUUACGAGGCGAUACCUGAUUAUUUUAAUCAGCCUGUUGGCCUAGGAUUACGGGGGAGUGAGCUGGGGGUGGGUACACCACCGGACCAGUCGGAGUGCCACAACCACCUGUAUGAUAAUGCCAAUAUCUACGAGGAACAGGAGCCGUACCAUCCCCUGAAGAGACGCAGUGAACAGCACAGCAGCACGGAGAGGAGUUCUAUAGAUGAGGAUGUUGGCCCGCUAGAUGGUCAGUCGGAUGAGGACGUCAUGGUUCAGAGUUCGGAUGAAGAGGAUGAUGAGAGUUCCUCCUCUAGCAAAGGAGAACCUGAGAAGCCUGAGAAGCCUGAGGAGAGGGAGGCUGCCAGUGGUGCCAAGCGGAACAAGAUAGUCCACAUCGCCAGAGAGAUCAUGAGCUCCGAGAAUGUAUUUGUCAACGUCCUGAAGCUUCUCCAUAUCGACUUCCGUGACGCGGUGGCGAAGGCUUCUCGUCCGAGUGGGAAGCCUAUUAUAGAGGAGGCUAUUCUGAACCAGAUCCUGUACUAUCUGCCCCAGCUCUACGAACUGAACCAGGACCUGCUCAGAGAGCUGGAGGAGAGGGUCGCCCAGUGGGAUGAACAUGGUCGUCUAGCGGACGUCUUUGUGAAGAAAGGGCCUUAUCUGAAGAUGUAUUCCACAUACAUCAGAGAGUUUGACAAGAAUGUGGCCCUACUAGACGAGCAUAGCAGGAAGAAUCCAGCCUUCGCUGCUGUGGUGCGGGAAUUUGAGGCUGGUCCUCGCUGUGCCAGCCUGGCUCUGAGGCAUUACCUGCUGAAACCUGUUCAGAGGAUCCCUCAAUAUCAGAUGCUGCUCACAGACUACCUGAAGAACCUGUCUCCAGACUCGGCAGAUUACAAAGACACACAAGCUGCUCUGGGCAUCGUGAAGGAGGUGGCCAACCAUGCCAAUGACAUCAUGAAACAGGGGGAUAACUUCCAGAAGCUGAUUCAGGUUCAGUGCCGUCUGAACGGACACCGUGAGAUCGUCCUGCCUGGGAGGGUGUUCCUGAAAGAGGGUGUUCUGAUGAAGCUCUCCAGGAAGGUCAUGCAGCCCAGGAUGUUCUUCCUGUUCAACGACACAUUGCUGUACACCACACCUGUUCAAUCUGGCCAGUUCAAACUCAACAGCAUGCUGUCUCUGACUGGGAUGAAGGUCAGCAAGCCCAGCCAAGAGGCCUUUCAGAAUGAGCUGACCAUUGAGAGUGUGGAACGCUCCUUCAUACUCUCUGGCAGUUCUGCGGUUGAGAGAGAUGAUUGGCUGGAGGCCAUCUCCACAGCGAUCAAUGACUACACCAGGAAGAAGAUUUCCUUCAUCUCCAGCAAGACUCUGGAGGAGACUGGGUCUGAGGACAGUGACAGUGGGGCCUCUUUGGGUUCUAAGGCCCCUAUCUGGAUCCCAGACCCAAGGGCCACCAUGUGUAUGGUCUGUACCUGUGAGUUCACCCUCACCUGGAGACGACACCACUGCCGAGCCUGUGGAAAGGUGGUGUGCCAGUCCUGCUCCUCCAACAAACACUGUCUGGAGUAUCUGAAGAACCAAUUGGCCAGAGUGUGUGAUCAGUGCUUUAUUGUACUACAGCAUCAGAGAAGUGAAAAGGCCCUGUCUGCAAUGCUCUCCCCUGGAAAAUCCUCCUUUGCUUUCACCAGGAAAACGAAGAAGAUCCCUGCUGCCCUCAAGGAGGUGACAGCAAACACAGACAACUCGUCUAUGAGUGGUUACCUGCAGAGGUCAAAGGGCAAUAAGAAGCAGGGGAAGAGGCUUUGGUUCGUCAUCAAGAACAAAGUCCUGUAUACGUACGCUGCCAGUGAGGACGUGGCAGCGUUAGAGAGCCAGCCAUUGCUGGGCUUCAUGUUGAAAGAGGAGGAAGAGGGGGCAGGACCGGCAGUUCAGAAGCAGCAGUUCAAGCUCUAUCACAAAAACACGCUGCAUUACAUUUUCAAGGCAGACGACAGCCAAACUGCCCAAAGGUAGAGUACAGAAGGAUUGAAUGCCAAUCAUAUGAUGCUGAUUCAUUGAAUAUAUUAGACCAUUUAAAAAAAAAAUACAUAAGGGCGGCUCCAGCCGGUGACGCCUCCAAAUACAAUUUAAGAAAAUCAUCAAGGAUAACACAAAACUUAAAAGCUUAUUUCCAUUGUGGUCCUUUUGAAGAGGGAAGGGGGGGAUGCAACAAGGUCAUUGAUUUAAGGGCUGGGGAGAUGAGCUAUAAGCGGCAGUACUUCACUUUACCUCUAAGAGUUAUUUAUUUACCCCUUAUUUUACCAAGUAAGUUGACUGAGAACACUUUCUCGUUUACAGCAACGACCUGAGGAAUAGUUACAGGGGAGAGUUUACCUGAACAUAAUAUUGCAGCUUCUCUAUAGGAUACAUAUUUGUUCCCGCUUAAAGAUGUACACAUGCUUCCCAGCCGAAACAGUUCGUGCAUAUAAUAUGAUGACAUAUUGUGACGUUUUUGUUCGUUUUGGACUUUGGUGAGGUGUUUUUUGGCUGUUCGGGCACACAAUUUUUUUUCUGGAGGCAAACCGAAGUACGGAGCUGAAGUCUACGCACCUUUGUCGGUGAUUGGUGAACAGUAGAGAUUCUUCAAUAAUGUAUUUGUCAUUGAACAAGAGACGAGUCGUUUUCCUGCAUAUUUUUUAAUUGAAAAAUACUGCACCAAACAUUUUAGUUAGAUGUAAAAUUGCGCAAAAAUGUCAAUUAAUGAGAGAUUUAUUGAGUUAUUUUCGAUUAAUUCAGAUUAUUUUGAGGAAGUGUAACUGGCUACGACAUCUCAAAAUGGACAAACAGUACUAUUGCGCUUCCCCCCCCCCCUUGUUUUUCAAGCGAAGGUCUUUUAAGAACUGAAGCAUGCUGAUACCAUACUCUCAACUGUGAUACACAUACGUGAUAGCCUACUAACUGUGUUAUUUGUCUUUGACAGAUGGAUAGAUGCGUUCAAGGAAGCCAUGGUGCUCUAACCAUCAUUCUCUGUGCCUGCAGUCGAUGCACUGUACCUAAGCAGUGACGUUAUGAAGGUGUGGCCGUGUCACUGCUUGAUGAUGUGAAUUUUGUAAUUGUAUUGUAAUACAAUUAAUAUGUCUCUACUGAAAACCAAUAAGAGCACAGUGGAGGCAUUAAUUUCUGAUGCAAGCAUACCUAUAUCCCCAAUGAAGGAUUUCUAAGCAAAAAUGAAAUACACAUUUUUACUGUUGAUAUGAUGCAGAUUUUUGGGUGGGAUUAUGGGUCAUAGAACACAGGUGGGUCGUUCCAUCAAUUAGGUGCCUUUUUGAGCAGUGUAACGUGGUGAAACAAAACGUUUGAUUUCACCUCAUUUGAACAUUUUAUCAUGAAGAGCACAUGUUCAACUUCAGAAAAAAUAUAUAUUUUCCAUCUCAAGAGGUUGAAUAAAAAUAUACUAUAGUAUAAGUGCAAAAUAAAGUAAUAGGGUUGGCUGUAACAGGGUUGGCGAUUUCAUCUUUAAACAGCCAUAAAUCCCCUUGUGACAGGAGGAAUAGAAGUUUGUUGUGUGUCACAGGGGUGAGCAAUUGAAAGUAAACUUCAGAUUUUUGUUUUAUUUUAUUGUUAAAACAUUUCUAGCCUGUAUGUCAACCCAUCAAUGUGUAACAGGGUUGACAUGUUAUGUUCGACCCACUCACUUUUCCACUUAAAAAGCCCAGAAAAUGGCCAAAAUGAGUAGAACCAGCUUACCUGCUUAUACACUAUGGUUUGAAUAUUAUAUAUUUAUUUAGCAGAACAUUUUAUGUUAAGGAAUAGUUUCACCAUAUUAAAAUGAGAGUUCAGCUCACAUAACAGGGUUGACAAAAUGAGGGA